AUUUCUUCCUCUCAAUUGAUGAUUUUCGCAAUCCUCCAUUCAAUCCACCACACCACAACGACACACGACCAUCCACCGUUGCAGGCUUUCAUUCCCAACCUGUCAAGAUGGGUGCCCUCAAAUACGUCGAAGAGCUUCAGAAGAAGAAGCAGUCUGAUGUUCUGCGAUUCCUCCUCCGAGUCCGAUGCUGGGAACUCCGUCAAUUGAACGUCAUCCACCGCGCUUCCCGACCCUCGCGCCCCGACAAGGCUCGCCGCCUCGGUUACAAGGCCAAGCAAGGCUAUGUUAUCUACCGAGUCCGUGUCCGCCGUGGUGGCCGCAAGCGCCCUGUCCCCAAGGGUGCCACCUAUGGCAAGCCCACCAACCAGGGUGUGAACCAACUUAAGUACCAGCGAUCCCUCAAGGCCACCGCCGAGGAGCGUGUCGGCCGCCGAUGUGCCAACUUGCGAGUCCUAAACUCGUACUGGAUCAACCAAGACUCGACCUACAAGUACUACGAGGUCAUCCUCGUCGACCCCCAGCACAAGGCCAUCCGCCAGGACCCCCGCAUCAACUGGAUCGUCAACCCCGUCCACAAACACCGCGAGGCUCGUGGUCUCACUGCCACUGGCAAGAAGUCCCGUGGUCUCAACAAGGGCCACCGUUACACCAAGACCAGUGCCGGCCGACGAAAGACCUGGAAGAGACACAACACCUUGUCUCUAUGGCGCUACCGAUAAGCGUGUGCUAGAGGCGGUAGUUAGGGGGUGGAGGAUGAUGACGGCUCGGUCGUGGUCGUUAUUACGGCAUGGAAUGAGGUCUUUCUUCACGGUCAAAACUGGGGCAUGCGUCUGGCUCAUGAAUUCUGCCUGGAGUUACUCUACAUAGUCGAGCAAGGAAUAAAAAUUCUUUCCGGGACGAAAUAAUGAAUUAUUUGCAUUUUUUAUGAA